CGGGCGUAUCAAACCUCGUGCGCCCUCCGGCUCCCCUACAAGGAUGACCAAGACCGUGAGAGCGUCAAGCCCCGCUCGAAUGAGGGUACGCAGAGCAACCUGGACGAUGACGCGGCGGCACACACGGACACGGCGUUUGAUUCCUCCGAGACGCGGCCCGAGAAGGAGAAGGAGUCGGCCGGUAAGGAAGGAGGCAAGGACGGGAACCCGCUGGAGUCGAGCGGAGCGAGCCAUGACGAAUCGGUGCCGCUGGGCCAGGAUGGUGGCGGCGAGAUGCACCAGACCACCAAGAGCGACAGGUCGAAGGCGAGCGGGCCUGGCGAGCAGAAGAAGAAGGGU